AUGGAACUCAACCGAGAACAUUUUCGCGCCAUAAUUUAUUACAACUUUCAGCGACAACUAUCGCAACAAGAAUGUCUCGCUGAGUUACUGUAUGUUUUCGGCAACGAAGCGCCACAUCAGUCUACAAUUUCCCGCUGGUAUGGAGAAUUCAAACGUGGACGGGUGAGUCUUAGCGAUGAUCCCAGCGUGGGUGCACCAAAAAUGGCAGUUAUCCAGGAAAACGUCGAUGCUGUGCGCAAACUCAUCAUUAAAGUCAGACAUGUGACAUAUCGCAAGAUUGAGGCGUCCUUGAAGAUCUCAAAGACCUCAAUUCAAAAAAUUUUACAUGAAGAAUUACGAGUAAGAAAAUUAGUUUCUCGUUGGAUACCCCACCUGUUGACUGAAGAGCAGGAAGCAGCCAGGGUUAAUUGGUGUCAAAAAACGCUUGACCGUUUCAAUUCCGGAAACUCAAAAAAUGACUACAGCAUUUCGGCUGCUUGGGUGUUCCAAGGUGAAGAAAAGCCAACAAAAAUGGUCGCGACAUUUGUGUCUAAAGCGGGUCAUAUUGCAACAAUUCCUCUUAACGAGCAAAGAACUGUUACUGCGGAUUGGUAUACCACCAUUUGUUUGCCAAAAGUCAUCACCGAGCUUCGAAAAAUCAACCCCGAAAGAAGAAUCACCCUCCACCAAGACAAUGCAAGCUCGCACACAACCCAAAAGACAGGGCAGUAUUUAAAGGAAGAAAACGUGGAAUUAUUGGACCAUCCUCUAUAUAGUCCCGAUCUAAGUCCUAACGAUUCCUUUACUUUCCCGAAAAUUAAAAACAGACUGCGUGGUCAAAGGUUCCAGUCACCAGAGGAAGCAGUUGACGCAUUCAAAAAUGCCGUUUUGGAUCUGCCAGCAAACGAGUGGAAUAAGUGCUUCGAAAAUUGGUUCGAGCGCAUGCAGAUGUGUAUUAAUCUUCGUGGAGAAUACUUCGAAAAACAAUAA